AUUGAGGCCAUCUUGAAAUUUCGGAAAGGGCACCGGCACCUAAAACAACUUCACAAACAUGUUUUCCAGACUUGCAAGACCAGCUCUCUCAAAAUGCAUGUCACAGAGGACAUUCAUGACAUCAUCAAAGGACCAUGCCAAAGUUGCAGUGUUGGGAGCCAGUGGAGGAAUCGGACAACCUCUCUCUCUCCUGCUCAAAACAUCACCAGCAAUUACUCAGCUGUCUCUUUAUGAUAUUGCACACACACCUGGAGUAGCUGCAGACCUCAGUCACAUUGAAACACCAGCAAAAGUUUCGGGUCACAUGGGACCAGACGAGCUUGAUGCCUGUUUAGAAGGAGCUAAUGUUGUGCUCAUACCUGCCGGUGUACCAAGAAAGCCAGGAAUGACAAGAGAUGAUCUGUUUAAUACCAAUGCUAGUAUUGUACUCAAUCUAGCAAAAGCAUGUGCUAGAGUGUGUCCUGGGGCCAUGCUUGGUAUCAUCACAAAUCCAGUAAACUCCACAGUUCCAAUUGCUGCAGAAGUAUAUAAAAGGAUGAAUGUUGAUGGCUGGGAAAAACGUCUUUUUGGUGUAACAACUUUAGAUGCUGUGAGAGCUAACACAUUCAUUGCUGAGGCCAAGGGAACUGAUGUAGCAAAGAUGAGUGUGCCAGUAAUUGGUGGCCACAGUGGUGUAACUAUUAUACCAGUCAUAUCACAGGCUACCCCUCCAGUGUCCUUCCCUAUGGAACAACGCAAGGCAUUAACUGUGAGGAUACAGAAUGCUGGUACUGAAGUUGUAGAGGCCAAGGCUGGAGCUGGAUCAGCCACUCUGUCUAUGGCUUUUGCUGCAGCCAGGUUUGCAGAAAAGCUUCUUGAAGCUUUGGCUGGUGGUAAAGGACAAGUUGAGUGUGCUUUUGUAAAAUCCAACGAGACAGAUGCCAGCUACUUUGCUACUCCUAUCCUUCUCGGGGAAAAUGGCGUUGACACCAACUUGGGAGUUGGUAAGAUGAUUGAAUAUGAAAUUGAACUAGCUAGUGCUGCCAUGGGAGAACUGAAGGCAAACAUCAAAAAGGGAGAAGACUUUGUAGCCAACAACUGGUCCUAGAGUAUAUCAGCAACAGAGACAACUUGUUUGAAGGGCAGACUGCAAAUUUAUUAUCUAUGAAAGAGGUGCAACAACUCCCAACAACAGUGCUAUACAGUCAUCUAAUGGUGCAAAAUACAGUGCUACAGUAAUACACCGAGGACUCCCAUCAUAUAUAAGAUGUUCCAAGGGGUACAGACCACACACAUACUCUAAUUUUAUUGGAUUUUUUUUUUUCAGAGAUGUUUUUUGAUAUAUUAUACAGAAAUAACACAGACUUGUUAUCCAUACUAGAGAAACAAAUUGAUCGCAUAAAGAUGGCUAAGACCACUAAGUUUAAUGUUGAACACUACUUCGAACAGUUUAUAUGUUAGAUAGGACAUAUUGUGUCUUUUUCAGCAUUUUGUACUACCUUAUGCCAGUGAAAUAGUUUUCCUUGUUUUUGGUUGUUUCCUAACUUUUGAAGUUGUUUAACACCAUGUGUUAGACUGUGUGAUAUUAGGUUCUCGUUUCUACGGGGAAGAGAGAACAGUCAAAAAAUGUUGAGAGAGGAAUUGUUUUAACAUGAUUAGAAUAUAAAACAAAGCUAUGAUGAAGAAGAUUCACUGCUAUGUGAUAAAAUUAAAACAUUUCCAUACUAUGA